UCAUUCCCAUCUAGUAGGACCCGCCGUAUAUUAACAAGUAAAUAAAGUGGUUUUCUAAAUAUCUCAAAUUAACUGUGUGAAGUGUCCAAAACGUAUAUUUCCCCCAUGAGGAAAAGAUAGUUGCAGAAUAUCAGCAUCGUUUUUAAUUUUAUGUGAAUAAAAAUUUAAAUUUGGUUCUUUUUUUUGGAUUCAUUACCUAUCACUACACCGACAAUGGUUGUUUUGAGUAACGCGGAAGGUCAAAAAUUAAACCCCGACGAAGAGGCAAAAGAACGAUCCCUUUUGGCUGGGACCCGUUUAGCUCAUCCACUUCCAGGGGAUGAAGUUGUUAUUUCAGGUGUCGCGGGUAGGUUUCCCGACUCCGAUGAUAUUUAUCAUUUUCGGGAUAAUUUGUACAAUAAGGUGGACUUGAUUUCGUUUGACAACAGAAGAUGGGAACCCAAUCAUCCCGAAGUACCUCACAGAACCGGGAAAGUUAACCAUAUUACCAAAUUUGAUGCUGGUUUUUUCGGAAUCCACCACCGACAAGUCAAUUCUAUGGACCCCAUGUGCCGUAUGAUUCUUGAAAGGGCCUUCGAGGCCAUUAUAGACGCGGGCAUUAAUCCGAAGGAACUGCGGGGCACGAAAACGGGCGUGUUCAUAGGGGCUUGCUUUUCAGAAACCGAAAAAACUUGGUUUUACGAGCGACUACAAGAAGAUAGUUAUGCAGUUACUGGUUGCUCGAGAUCGAUGUUGGCCAACAGAAUUAGUUACUUUAUGGGGUUGGAAGGUCCGUCUUUCACCGUGGAUACCGCGUGCAGUAGUUCAUCUUACGCACUGGAAUAUGCUUACAGAUCGAUUAGGGAGGGUACUUGUGAUUCUGCAAUUGUUGGUGGUACCAAUCUUUGUCUUCAUCCUAUCGUGUCCUUGCAGUUCGCUCGAUUAGGAGUGCUCAGUAAAGACGGCUCCUGCAAAUCUUUCGACAAGAACGCCAACGGCUACGUGAGAUCCGAAUCGAUAGCUGCCAUAUUCUUGCAACGGGCCAAAGAUUCCCGAAGGAUUUACGCUCAGGUGGUGCAUGCCAAAACAAACUGCGACGGUUUCAAAGAACAGGGAAUAACGUACCCUUCCGGCGCCGAUCAGAAACAACUCCUGAUUGAAUUCUACGAAGAAUGCAAGGUGGAUCCCACCACGUUGGAUUUCCUGGAAGCGCACGCAACAGGAACGAAAGUUGGAGAUCCCGAAGAACUAUCGGCUCUCGAUCAAAUUUUUUGCACCAACAGGAAAACUCCAUUACCCGUCGGAUCGGUUAAAUCCAAUUUGGGACACACUGAACCCGUUUCGGGAAUGUGCUCGAUAGUCAAGGUUAUUAUUGGUAUGGAGAAUGGGUAUAUUCCUCCCAAUAUUAAUUACACGGAACCGAGAGAAGGGGCUGAAGUUUUGGAACAGAAACGGAUGGUCGUCGUCACGGAUAAAACACCCUGGCCGUAUAAAACGGGACUGGCAGGAGUCAACAGUUUCGGUUUUGGUGGUGCGAAUUGUCACAUCCUUCUCCGCUGCAAUCAGAAGGUCAAAGUGAACAACGGAUUGCCAAAAGACGACAUUCCUCGACUGGUGUGUUUGAAUGGGAGAAAUCAAUACGCGUUGAAGAUGUUUGUGGAAGAUUUGAGAUCUCGCCCCCUGGAUGCCGAAUACGUGGCCCUUCUAAACGAAGCAUUCAAAGAUCAUAUUCCUGGAUUCAAAUGCAGAGGAUACUCGAUUUUAGCAAAAUCAGGUGAAAUUUCAAGCGAUAUUAAGCAAUUCGAUGAGAUCAAAAGACCGUUGUACGUCGUUUUCGGAAACCCAGGAUCCCACUGGUUGGAGGUAGGAAGGGAAUUAUUUGCCCUUCCGCAUUUUGCAGCGACCAUACAAAAAGCCCACGAUCUGCUCAACCAAAAGAACGUCAACAUUACUGAUGUCAUAAUGAACACUAGCGCCAGCUUUCCCGAAAAGUUAACCCUCUUAGGGGGCUUGGUAGUACAAUUAGGAGUUGUGGACUUGUUUAGGACUUUGGAAAUAGAAUCCAGCUAUAUCGUAGGAGUAUCGUUGGGAGAGCUCACAGCGGCAUAUUGCGAUGGCGUGCUAACGUUCCAGCAGGUUUUGUCGAGUGCCCAUGCUGUGCUAUAUCUUGAUGGCGCAACGGAAAAGAGCCAAGCAUUGAAAGGAGAUUCGGUGGUUCAAAGUCUUCGAAAAAUCCUCCCCCAAAGCAUAAAACCUUCAGGAAAGUGGAUAACGGCUCAAUCCUUGAGCAAAAAGGACGUAAACGGAAAUCAAAUUUCUCCCGAGUAUUUUGCAAAUGCACUUUUCCAUCCAGGCGAAAUCGGCAACAUCACCAAUUACAUUAAAAGGAGGGCCGUUAUUUUAGACAUCACCGACGGAAAAAUAGCCAAAUAUUUGUCUAUAAAGGGCCAAGCCGAUGAGAUAGAUAUCAUCGAAGUGUUUUCGCACUCCACAAAGGGCAAAAACCUUGUAAACUUUUUACAAGUAGUUGGAAGAUUGUUCGAAUUCGGCGUCGAUCCUAAACCGAACAAAAUAUACCCUACAGUUCAGUUUCCAGUAAGCAGAGGCACCCCAAUGCUAUCACCUCUAAUGAAGUGGGAGCACGAGAAAGAUUGGCACGUUAGUUUUUACAACGACAAGGAUAGUGCAAAGUGCGGCGAAAGAGUCCUUUCGCUUAACGUCAACGAAGUCGAAUGGUCUUUCCUAACAGGUCACGUUAUUGAUGGUCGAAAUCUUUUCCCUGCAACUGGAUAUCUAAAUCUUGUUUGGGAAACCCUUGCCAUGGUUUUGGGGAUGCUGAUGUCCGACAUGCAAAUCGUUUUCGAAAAUGUCAGGUUCAGCAGGGCUACUAACAUUCCCAAAGGGGGCAGUUUAGAAAUGCUGGUGAUGAUCCAGAAGGCUAGUGGAAACUUCGAGGUUAUAGAAGGAGGUGUUGCUGUGGUAACGGGACGAGUAGCAAGACUGGACGACGUCACCAAAGAGGUGACAGAACUACCAAUUCCGGCUGGAGCAACUGGUAGUGACAUGCUGGCGUUGAACUCCAAAGACAUUUAUAAAGAACUGAAACUGCGAGGCUAUCACUAUAAAGGUCAAUUCCGGGCUUUACAAAGUUGUGACAACACCGGUUCCAAAGGAGUUAUAGCGUGGAACGGAAGCUACAUAGCAUUCAUGGACAACAUGUUACAAUUACCCAUUUUGAACAUGGACACCAGAAACCUCUACGUUCCGACGGGAAUCGAAAGGCUUAUCAUAGAUGCCCGAAGGCAUGUCCAAUGUUUGCAAGAAGCUGGCGAAAAACCUGCCUUACCAGUUUACUUCUACCAAGAUGCCAAUAUUGUCAAGUCCGGUGGUAUUGAAAUUCGUGGUCUAAGGGCAAACAGUAUACCAAGGAGGAAGCCUUUGGGAGAGCCUGUUUUGGAAACAUACAAAUUCAUCCCCAACGAAACCACCUUAACAACCUUCCAAUCGCUUACAGUUAAUAUGCAACUGUUACUAGAAAACAACUACGGGAUCAAAAUCAAAGUGGUCGAACUGCACGACGAUGCCACGAAAGAAGAAGCAGAACCUCUUGCACCAACCAUACACACCGUUUUGGGAAAUCAACCCCUUAUACAACCAGAAAUGCUUAUACUGUCAAACAAAACUCUUACCGUAAACAAUGCAACUGUUGAAGAUAAGAAACUGGAAUUGGAAAGUAAUUGUGCACUGGUGGUUGCUACCAAUAUAUUAAGCAGACCAGAGGUAGUCAAGAAUUCUUUCACUGCCCUUAAGGAGAACGGUUUCCUUCUGUCUAGAGAAGAUUUGACCUUUGAUCCUUCAGCAGCUGUUGUUGGCCAAAACGAUUUGACCAUUCUCACUGUUCAUACCACAGAAACAGAAAAAUUGGUGUUGCUCAGAAAAACCGUUUCCCCAAAAUCAUCCCCCGUAGUGGUAAAAGUGUCCAGCGAUACCGAUUCCUUCGGAUGGCUCAUUGAACUGCAGGAAGCGGUGAAGAGUGACAAAGCUGUGAUUGUUUAUGCCGAAAAUGAACCCUUAAGUGGAGUAAUAGGAUUGGUGAACUGUAUAAGAAGGGAGCCGGGUGGCGAAAAUGUGAGAUGCGUUUUCAUUGCUGACGACGCGCCAAAGUUUGACAUCAACAGCCAAUUGUACAGGAACCAGUUAAAGAAAAAUUUAGCUGUAAACAUCCACAAAGACGGUAAGUGGGGAACUUACAGGCAUUUGCCCUUGGAAGAGAACGUCCUCGUCGAGGCCGAUCAUUCCUACGUCAACACACUUGUAAGGGGUGAUUUAUCUAGUCUAAGAUGGAUUGAAGGAUCUAUAAAAGUUGAUAAAGUUAACAACCCAGAAAAAAUACCCAUACAGGUUUACUAUUCACCCUUAAAUUUCAGAGAUAUUAUGGUAGCAUCAGGAAGAUUGACGUUGGACGCUGUAGAAAAAGAUCGCUUGCAACAUGAUUUCGUGCAAGGUUUUGAAUAUUCUGGAAGAAACUUGAAGGGAGAAAGAGUCAUGGGUUUUGCCAGAGGAAUAGCAACGUGUGUUUUAGCAAUGCCCUAUUUUUCGUGGCAUGUUCCUGACGACUGGACAAUGGAAGAAGCCGCCACAAUACCAGUAGUUUACAGCACCGCACUCUACUCAUUGUUCACGAUCGGAAAAUUGAAUCGGGGCGAAAGCAUUUUGAUCCACGCUGGCAGCGGGGGAGUGGGACUGGCAGCCAUUUACAUUGCUCUUUACUAUGGCUGUGACAUUUACACCACCGUUGGUACCAAAGAGAAGAGGGAAUAUUUGUUAAAGACAUUCCCCCAAUUGAAAGAGUCUCAUAUCGGAAACUCCCGAGAUGUGACCUUCGAGCAAAUGAUCCUUCGGGAAACACACGGCCGAGGCGUCGAUAUCGUCUUGAACUCAUUGGCAGAAGAAAAACUUUUAGCUUCUUUGCGUUGUCUUGCUCCAGGCGGAAGAUUUUUGGAAAUUGGCAAAUUCGAUUUGUCAAACAACAACCCAGUUCCCCUGUUAUCCCUUUCCGAGAACCGAAGUUAUCAUGGUGUUUUAUUGGACAGCUUGUUUAAUGCUGAACCCGAAAUGCUCCAUAACAUCUGGACUUUAGUGAACGAUCACGUAAAGAACGGAUGCAUAAAACCGUUGCAUACCAAAAUAUUUGCCGAAGACGAAGUCGAACAGGCGUUCAGGUUUAUGGCGUCGGGAAAACACAUUGGUAAAGUAUUAAUAAAAAUCAGGGACGAAGAACCCGAAAAAAUUGUUAAGCCCGUCAUCAAGAAGCAGUUGGCUGUGCCAAAAUAUUACUGUGAUUCCGAGUACUCCUACGUUAUUCUGGGGGGUCUGGGGGGAUUCGGAUUGGAACUAGCUGACUGGUUAGUGGUUAGAGGAGCCCGAAAGGUGGUCCUAACAUCAAGGACUGGAUUGAGAACAGGUUACCAGGCAAUGAGAAUAAGGGUUUGGCGAUCUUACGGCGUCAAAGUACAAAUAUCAACUGCGGAUGUUACAACAGAAGAAGGAUGCACACAAUUAAUGAAUGAAGCCAACGAGUUAGGACCAGUUCAAGCGAUUUUUAAUUUGGCAGUUAUCCUUAAGGAUGCUUUAUUAGAAAACCAAACGGUCGACACCUACAGGACUUCCUUUGGUCCCAAAGCAAACGCGACAAUACAUUUAGACAAAGUUACAAGGAAACUGUGUCCUGUCCUCAGGGAUUUCGUAAUAUUUUCCUCGGUUUCCUGUGGUCGCGGAAACGCUGGUCAAACGAACUACGGAAUGGCCAAUUCCAUAAUGGAAAGAAUUUGCGAAAAAAGGAAGAACGAGGGGUUACCUGCAUUGGCAGUAGAAUGGGGUGCAAUUGGGGAGGUUGGAUUAGUGGCGGAUAUGCAAGAGGAACAAACCGAACUGGAAAUUGGUGGAACAUUACAACAACGAGUGUGCUCGUGCCUGGAAGUUCUAGACAUAUUCCUUCGACAAAACGAGCCCAUCGUUGCAAGCAUGGUGGUGGCCGAAAAGAAAAGUGGUGCUGGAGGAGCGGAUAACGUUGUGGAUGCCGUUCUAAAUAUCCUAGGUCUCAGAGACUUGAAGCAAAUCAGUUUGCACUCGACACUAGCUGAACUGGGAAUGGACUCUAUGAUGGCGGUGGAAAUCAAACAAACAUUGGAACGUGAAUUCGAAGUGUUCUUGACGGCCCAAGACAUAAGAAGCAUGACUUUCUCAAGACUUCAGGAGAUCGCCCAGGAGAAGGAACAAAUCAAAGAGGAUGGUAGAAAAGAAGCGCCAAAAGACGUUGACGAUCUUCCUGAGCCUAUUUUGAUGCUACUGCGUAACAUGGGCGACGAAAAAUUGGCUGACCAUCCGCUCCUGAGAUUGACCAGUCUGGUAUCGGAAGAAACACCAACACCAAAAGUAUUCCUUAUGCCUGGACUUGAAGGAAUGAGCCCAGUAAUGGAACCACUCGCCGUAAAUCUGAAUGUACACGCUUUCUGCCUCCAAUUCCGCUAUGGUAAAUCUAACGAUCAAAUCCAUGAGAUUGCCAAAGACCUAUUUCCGCAUGUCCAGGGAAAUCUGCCUAAAAAUUCUCCAUUCACGCUGAUCGCCUAUUCGUUUGGAUCUAUGGUUGCGAUGGAAUUGGCAGGACUGUUAGAAAAAGAGGGAAGAAUCGGGAAGAUAAUAAUGAUCGAUGGAUCUCCUGAUCUACUGCUCGCCAUGGCCAAACAACAACUCAACACCGACUCCGAGGCGGAAUUCGAAACCAGUUUGCUGUGUGCCAUCAUGUCCUUCUAUAUGCCCAUAGAAACCAUCGUGAAAUUAAAGGGUCCAGUAUUUGCUUGCAACAAUUUCGAAGAAAGAAUGAAAUUAGUGAUCGACAACUCGCCAAGUAACGCGCCCCAUUCCGAAGAGUACCUAAGGGCGGUGGGCCAAGGGGUAUGCAGAAGACUUCAAGCCGUUGUAACGUACAAACCGAAGUUUUAUUCGAAAAUAAAGUCGACGGUGAUACUAUUCAGACCGACCAGAUCUAGUGUUUCAAACAUCGCUAACGAUUAUGGGUUAAAUGAUCUGUGCGAGAAGGAGGUUGAGAUUAGAUUUUUCGAAGGGAACCAUUUGACGAUUUUGGAAAAUCAAGAGGUCGCAAACACCAUCAACGAUCUGAUAAACCCUGAUGUAUCUUCGGUCACCAACAAAGAAACACUUUUAAGUGAAAAGUCAUCGCAAAAUGCCAAACAAGUCACUGCUAGUUAAACCGCAAAGGAAACAAUAAGUUUUGUUGUUAGAAAAAUGUACGCUAUACACAAAAAAAAUAAUAAUUUGUUUUUGUACAUAAGUAUUUAAUAAAUCGCAGUUAUGGAAA